AUUUAAUUAAAAAAAACCAAACUUGUAAUGACUGAAAUCUUAAUUUCAAAUCGAAAUGAUCUUAGGAAAGAAAGAGUGAAAAUUGACAGCAGUUGUGGUGGUAGCCAUCGUAACAGUUGCAUCUGCUUCUGCUACUGCUACUUCAUCAUUUCAUGGCCGGAACAGAGAAUCCAUAUGGAAGACAAAAAAUUUUGUUUGCAUUUUUGAGUUGGAAAAUGGGGACAAAAAACACUUAAACAUUAGAUAAGGAUUAAAAAGAAUGAUUGAAUUGAUUGACUGGAGAAACUGAUAUUUCCUACAAUUAAUGACACCAAACAAAAUCUAAAAUUAAAAAAAAAUCCUUACUUUUGACACAUUCUAUAAUCAAAACAACGUUGCAAAUUGCAACCAACCACCACAUUUCAUCGCUGAACUCUGUUGAAGCUUAGGUUGGACUUUAGUGAACCCAACAUAAGGAAAAGCGCAUAAUAAAGGCUUCAUCACUUCAUCAUCAUCCCUUUCGGCUUGGACCAAUUGUUAUACUUAAAUACAAAAUUCUUUCUUCUUUUUUUUCUCUUUCCAAGUUGUAUUCUUUCUGGGUGUUCUGUUUGGGUUCUGGGGAUUUUGACUUUCCCGGGAAAGUUCGGGAAAAAUAAGAGAGAUGGUUAGAAUAAGGAAAAUACCACUGGACUUAACGCUUACUGAGUUUCCAGCUCUGGUUUCUAGCUGGUGGGACGAAGUCAAUGAAUCGACUCACUGGCAAGAUGGCAUAUUUUACACACUUUGCGCCGCUUAUGCCUUAGUUUCCUCCAUUGCUCUGAUACAAUUAAUAAGGAUCGAAUUGAGAGUACCCGAAUACGGUUGGACUACGCAAAAGGUUUUCCAUCUUAUGAAUGUCAUUGUGAAUGGAGUGCGCGCCGUCGUGUUCGGGUUUCACAAACAAGUAUUUUUAUUGCAUCCCAAGGUACUUAUAUUCGUACUCUUGGAUCUUCCAAGCCUUCUGUUUUUCUCCACGUAUACGUUACUAGCCCUGUUUUGGGCAGAGAUUUAUCACCAGGCAAGAAGCUUACCAACGGAUAAACUCAGAAUUUCUUAUGCGGCAAUCAAUGGUGUUAUUUACGUCAUACAGGUCUGCAUUUGGUUGUAUCUUUGGAUAGACGACAACAGCGUGGUGGAAUUCAUCGGAAAUGCAUUUAUUGCCGCGGUCUCGUUUAUAGCUGCAUUAGGAUUCUUGUUGUAUGGAGGAAGAUUAUUUUUCAUGCUAAAACGUUUCCCCAUCGAGUCAAAAGGAAGAAGGAAGAAGCUUAAUGAGGUUGGAUCAGUUACUGCCAUUUGUUUCACCUGCUUCCUUAUUAGAUGCUCUGUGGUAGUUUUAUCGGCCUUUGAUUCAGAUGCAUCGCUUGAUGUUUUAGACCAUCCAGUUUUGAACUUGAUCUAUUACAUGGUAUUUUAAGAACCCCUUUUUUAAUAGCUUGUUGAGAUCUUACCUUCAGCUCUAGUGUUGUACAUCCUUCGUAAGUUGCCUCCGAAGAGAAUAUCCGCUCAAUAUCACCCGAUCCGUUAGUCGGGAUGCGUCUUUGUUCAUUGGAUUGUUCCAGUCGAAUGAGGGAAGCAAACCUCGAAAACCAUCCAGACGUAGAACUCGACCUAGUCAAGAUGCCGAAAAAACCUUUUAAGGGAAACCAUUGUUGAUUUCUUCAUCGGUUACGUGAUCGAAUAGUCGGUUUAUCGACACUCUCCUCAUUAUUGGUCGACAACAAGUAGAAGGAAAAUAUCUUCCUUGUAGAUUCAAUUUUGUACUUGUUUGCAUCAGUUUGUUCUUGCAAAUACUUGGUCCAACUGAUAUCAGUUUUCUUAACCCAUGCAUUUGAUAAUAUUACUAAGGGAUAAUUUCGCUAAACUCAUUAAGUUAUUGUUUAUAUUCUUAAA